ACAGACAAGUAACCUUUUACGGAUCUGUACAUUUUUUGGUUCUAUAUAUAAUAAACUCAUAAGCGUUAUAUUUAUAAAUUGUCAAAAUGUCUUUCGAUCAAAAAGAGAUCUUCAGUUUGAUGUACAAGUUGGCUCGUCUCAUAGUACCAGAUACUCGGGUUGAAUACGAUGCGAUGGGACCCGUGCACAUUCCUCUCGACAGGAUGUACGGUCCACAGACCAUGCGAUCCCUGAUGAAGUUCCCUAUCGGGGGCGUUGAGGAGCGUAUGCCCCGACCUCUUAUAAAAGCCCUGGGCAUUGUGAAGAAAGCUGCUGCGGAGGCGAAUAAAGUCAAUGGACUGGAGGAGAAUCUGUGCGAUGCCAUUUCCAAGGCCUGCGAUGAUGUUAUAUCUGGUAAACUCUACGACGAAGAGCAUUUUCCCUUGGUCAUCUGGCAAGAUGGAUCCGGGGAGCACACAAACAUGAACCUAAAUGAGGUUAUAUGCAAUCGUGCCAUCGAGAUCCUGGGCGGUCAGAUGGGAACCAAGGAGCCAGUGCACCCAGAUGAGCAUGUGAACCUCUCGCAAACCUCCCAUGAUACCUUCUCCACAGCGGCUAAAAUCGCGGUGGCCAUGCAGUUGCAGGAGAAGCUGUACCCGAGUCUAAGAAUGUUUAUAGAUCUACUAAGUAAAAAGUCAAGCGGUUGGAUGGAUGUUAUAAAAAUUGGAAGAACCCAUCUGAUGGAUGCAGUGCCUCUGUCGCUGGGACAGGAAUUCAGUGGCUAUCAGCAGCAGCUGGAGAACGGAAGAUCUCGUUUGGACUCGGCGCUAUGCAGGUUGUAUCAGUUACCCAUGGGGGGCACCCAUGUGGGCACAAAAUACGACACCAAGAAGGGAUUUUCCGAGCAGUGCACCAAGCGAAUAGCCGAGCUGACAUUCCUACCCUUUGUGGAGUCCUGUAACUUCUUUGAAUCCCUGUCCGCCUGCGAUGCCCUGGUCGAAGUCCAUGGAGAACUCAACACCAUAGCAGCCAGUGUGAUGAAGAUAGCCAAUGAUAUCCGGUUCCUGGGAUCGGGCCCGCGUUGCGGAUUGGGGGAACUGCAUCUGCCGGAGAACGAGCCAGGUAGUUCCAUCAUGCCCGGCAAAGUAAAUCCCACGCAGUGCGAGGCCAUGACCAUGAUCUGCGCCCAGGUGAUGGGCAACCAUGUGGCAGUCUCGAUGGGAGGUGCCAGUGGACACUUUCAACUUAACACCUUUAUGCCCAUGAUUGCCUCCAAUGUCCUGCGAUCCAUAACACUUUUGGGCGAUGGCAUGAAGUCCUUUUGCGCCAACUGCCUGGAGGGCAUCGAACCGAAUAAAACCAAGAUCGAGAGUAUCAUGAAGAACUCCUUGAUGCUGGUCACCGCUUUGAGUCCCCACAUCGGAUACGAAAGAUCUGCGGCAAUCGCCAAGGCAGCCCACAGGAAUGGAACCUCUUUGGUCCAGGAGGCCAUCAAUGCGGGCAUCGAAAGGGAAGACUUUGAUGAGUGGGUGCAGCCUAGCAAGAUGCUGGGUCCCGAAAAAUAAGACACUAUUUAAUUUCAUUUAAAUUAUUUUGUCGAACUCAAAAAAAUAA